AUGGGGAGUGAUCGAUGCCACCAGCCGGGGACCAAAGGCCCCGGGAGGCUGUCGGAGCGAGGGCUGGGGCUUCGUGCUGCCCUGCGGGGCAGGUGGCGAGGGAGGUGUCCGUCCCACUGGGUCUCCGGUCGGCUGCGCGGGAUCGCGUGCAGGCCGGGGGCUUCCGUGGCCGUGAGCAGGCCCUGGGCACGCGGGGCUGCAGCGCGGGGGGACCUCACGCCCCUUCUUUCCCUGCAGCUGGACCCGCAGGCCGUGCAGACCAAGAACUGGCACAUGGACGUGAUCGAGAUGAAUGGGAUCAAGGUGGAAUUCUCCAUGAAGUUCACGAGCCGGGACAUGAGCCUGAAGAGGACCCCGUCCAAAAAGCAGACCGGCGUCUUUGGAGUCAAAAUCAGCGUGGUGACAAAGCGUGAGCGCUCCAAGGUGCCCUACAUCGUGCGCCAGUGCAUCGAGGAGGUGGAGAAGAGGGGCAUCGAGGAGGUCGGCAUCUACAGGAUCUCCGGCGUCGCCACGGACAUCCAGGCUCUCAAGGCAGCCUUCGAUGGGAAUAACAAGGACAUCCUGGUGAUGCUGAGCGACAUGGACAUCAACGCCAUCGCCGGCACGCUCAAGCUGUACUUCCGCGAGCUGCCCGAGCCGCUCCUCACUGACAGGCUCUACCCCGCGUUCAUGGAGGGCAUCGCCCUCUCGGAUCCUGCUGCCAAGGAGAACUGCAUGAUGCACCUUCUCCGCUCGCUGCCUGACCCCAAUCUCAUCACCUUCCUCUUUCUGCUGGAGCACUUGAAAAGGGUAGCUGAAAAGGAGCCCAUCAACAAAAUGUCACUCCACAACUUGGCCACAGUCUUUGGGCCGACAUUGCUGAGACCUUCGGAGGGAGAGAGCAAAGGACACCUCACCCUGGCCUCUGACAUCUGGUCGCAUGACGUGAUGGCCCAGGUCCAGGUCCUCCUCUACUACCUGCAGCACCCUCCCAUCUCCUUCACCGAGCUCAAGCGCAACACACUUUAUUUCUCCACGGACGUGUAGCUCGCAGCGGGGAGGCCCCAGCUGCGAACACUGCCAGCCUCCCUGCUGGGGGCCACGCACCGGCUCGCAGCCCCCAGGGAGGGCCGCCCGCGCCCGGACGGUGCCGCCUGCAGCUCCUCUAUGGCCGCGUCCCGGUGGCCCGGUCUCGCCCCAGGCGCUGAGCCCCUCUGUAAAGUAGUCGUGUCUUAUGUC